UGACGCCGCCAAGUCCCGACGUGCACGCCCGAUUCCUUUUGGUUCUAAGUCCAAAAUGGCAACGCUCAAGGAUCAGCUGAUUCAGAAUCUUCUUAAGGAAGACCAUACCCCCCAGAAUAAGAUUACAGUUGUUGGGGUUAGUGCUGUUGGCAUGGCUUGUGCCAUCAGUAUCUUAAUGAAGGACUUGGCAGAUGAACUCGCUCUUGUUGAUGUCAUGGAAGACAAAUUGAAGGGAGAGAUGAUGGAUCUCCAGCACGGCAGCCUUUUCCUUAGAACACCAAAAGUUGUCUCUGGCAAAGACUACAAUGUGACUGCAAACUCCAAGCUGGUUAUUAUCACGGCUGGGGCACGUCAGCAAGAGGGAGAAAGUCAUCUUAAUUUGGUCCAGCGUAACGUGAACAUCUUUAAGUUCAUCAUUCCUAAUAUUGUCAAAUACAGCCAAAACUGCAAGUUGCUUGUUAUUUCCAAUCCAGUGGAUAUCUUGACCUAUGUGGCUUGGAAGAUAAGUGGCUUUCCCAAAAACCGAGUUAUUGGAAGUGGUUGCAAUCUGGAUUCAGCCCGGUUCCGUUACCUAAUGGGGGAAAGGCUGGGAGUUCACCCAUUAAGCUGUCAUGGGUGGGUCCUUGGAGAGCAUGGAGACUCCAGUGUGCCUGUAUGGAGUGGAGUAAAUGUUGCUGGUGUCUCUCUGAAGAAUCUGCACCCUGACUUAGGCACUGAUGCAGAUAAGGAACAGUGGAAAGAGGUUCACAAACAGGUGGUUGACAGUGCCUAUGAGGUGAUCAAACUAAAAGGCUACACUUCCUGGGCCAUUGGACUCUCUGUGGCAGAUUUGGCAGAAAGUAUAAUGAAGAAUCUUAGGCGGGUGCAUCCAAUUUCCACCAUGAUUAAGGGUCUCUAUGGAAUAAAAGAUGAUGUCUUCCUUAGUGUUCCUUGCAUCUUGGGACAGAAUGGAAUCUCCGAUGUUGUGAAGGUGACUCUGACUCCCGAGGAAGAGGCCCGUUUAAAGAAGAGUGCAGAUACACUUUGGGGGAUCCAAAAGGAGCUGCAGUUUUAAAAUUUUCUAAUGUACCAUGUCACUGUCUAGACUACAAGAUUUUAGUUGGAGGUUGUGUAUGUUGUCCUUAUUAUCUGACCUGUUACUCAAGUCGUAAUAUUAAAAUGGCCUAAGAAAAAAACAUCAGUUUCCUAAAGUUACACAUAGGGUUCACAAAACCCUGCAGCUAUGUCCUGAUGCUGGAUGAUACCUGUCUUGUGUAGUCCUAAAUUGGUUAACGUAAUAUCGUUCCACC